GGAAUUUAGACAGCAACAAAUUUUCAUCGAAAACCUAUGGCAGGAACGACACUGUUAAAUACGCGAAAGUGUCCGAAUCUGCUAGUAAUCUGGAAAUUUCACUUUUGUCCAGCACUCGCUUAGAUAGUUAUCAAACUAAUAAUCGUAAUAAUAAUAACAGUAAAAGCGAUAAUAAAUCAACCAAUGAUAAUAACAAUGCACGCCAAUUAGAUCGCAAUAAGUCAAUUGAUACAAUGAUAGUGAGCACUAGUGAGCAAUCUGCAAGCGUUAGGGCGGGAAAAAUUAAAAUUCGUCGCAAUUCUAGUUUGAUUAGUUUCAAGUCGCUGGAUAUGAGCCUGAAAUCUAUCUACUCAUCUAUAAAAACUCAUAAAAGUACCAUUGAUAAAAGUCGCAAAGAAUCGACAUCCACUCAGAAAACAAGUUGUAUUCUUCGCGCUCCAUAUCUCAAGGUGGAAACUGUUGAAAAUGAUGAAUCACAGAAACUACUUCUAACUUAUGCUCAAUCGCCCGGGGGUUCUCAGCAUCGAAGAAGCUUCGAUACUACAAGUUCGCAAUAUCUUAGUACGCAAACUAACUAUCAAGAGCUGUCGCAAUCUCCAAACAGCAGUUCGCCAUAUUUAUCUGUAAGUACCGGAAACAUACGACGUUCGUCCACGUCCGAUAUACUGGCAGACAGUAAUAGUAGUAAAAAGAGUUACGUUAAACAAUCGUCUUGUGGAUCAGUGCUAGAAAGUCGCAAACCGAGUACAUCUGAUAUGCUUCGUAAGGCUCGUGAGCGUAAAGGAAGUGAGGGAAAAAUAGGUCGUAGUAUAUCGCACUGUGGUAUCUCGAGGGGCGGAAUGAGAAAUCGUCGUACUAGCAUGGCAUACUAGCACAUUGUUGACUGUCAAAAGAUAACUCGGUAUUCCAAAGCACUACUUCGUAGAAUUUUCAGUCAAAAUGUGUAAGAUAUGUAUAUUCUGCCUCAAAAUCCAAAGUUGACAAGUGUGAUUUUUUAUGUGAUUGUCCAAAGCAAUAAAAUCAGCAAUUAGGUCUGACGAAAACUAAUGAAAAAGAGAAUCAACAUCAAAAUAUAGAUUUUUUUUCUAUAAUAUCGUUUACCAGUUCAUUGAUGUUCUACUAGUUGGAAAGUGCAAUAAAUAAAUUCGAUUACUGUUCGCUUUUUCAUUAUGCCUAGCAUUAGUUUCUAAAAUAGAUGGAAAGCUCAAUUUAAAGCUCUGUCAAAUCAAUUUCAAACGGCAAAUAACAACAAAUGUAGGAAGAAUAUCAAUCACUUGUUGAUCAUAAACGAUAAAAUUUUUGAGUAUAAUUUGAAAUCUCUGACUGUGAUUUAAUAUUGUCGUGUUGUCCAACUGAUCAGAGGUGGGAGCAAGAUGGUGAGACAUUUUCGGUUAAUAAUCGAAAGAUUAAAAAAAUAAUUAUGCCUAUGCGAUCGUUUGAAGUGACAUUUAUUGGCUGCUAAAGAGAUAAACAGUUCUUAGCCUCAGCAAAAUAGAUUAACCUCUAUAGUAUUUUUACGAAACAAAAACGAAAUGGAUUCAGAAAGAUAGUGAGGAAAAUGUAGUAAACCGAAAUGAGAUGCCAUUUUUUCAAGAAUCUAGUUUGAUUGCAUUUCACAACCGAGAACACUAUAACUAAACAAUAAUAUUCUAUAAAAUACGAUUCUAGCUAUGCCGAAAGUGCAUCUUUUAGAAUAAAACUAUUCGUUAUAAUCAAAUGAUGAAUUAUAUAAACGUAGAAAGCAAGCACUCGAUAGUUAAAAAUUAAUAAACAGUAGGAAUAGUAUUUCUAAACUAAUUUUGAAUACAACGUUAAUCUAUCGAAACCAGUUUAUAUAUUUAUUCGAACCUUGAUGAACUAUUUUUGUUCGAGAUGUCAUGGAUUUUUGCAAGAAUGUGAAAUAUUAUUCUAUCUAGUAAGUUUAUUUAUAUUAAGAUGUGUGAAUAGUUUUAUUGGGAAUGUGUUUCAGUUCCUCUCUGAUACAUUUUUAUGUGAUUAAUUGAAAAAAGCAAUAUGGAUGAUCUUGUUGUUAUUCAUCGCAAUGCAUUCAAGCACACGGGAGAAAUAAAAUGGUAAUUCUAUAUUAUCACUCGGUUCGGAAGCGGAAUUCACCACAAAAUAGUUUGGCGAUGCGAGUGGCUUGUUGAACACGCCUACUUCGCUCAAGUUUGUCCAGAUUCAGUAGGCAACAUGGGGUUGCAUAUGGUGGCAGGUUUCGCGGAUCACGUCAAGGUUUGAGCGUUAUACGAUACGUGAUACGGCAUCCGGUUAAUAGACCAGUGGCCAUCGACUAACGAGAACUCAAACAGAAGUGCUUCACAAGUUAAUAGCUCGACUAAUAAACCUAGAUUAGCGAUAGUACCAAUAUCACUCCUAAUAACGGUUAUUGACAAUAGGAGAAACUGGUUCUAUUUAACAAAAUUUCAGCCUCAUUAAACUGAAACCAACAUUAUAAGUUACAUUGCCACAUUAUAUGUUACAUUGCCUACCCAGUCAAAAAGCGUGCCAAUGUUAACGUGUUAAUGUGCCGUCUAAUAUCGAGCAAAGUUUACUGUCGGAUGGAUUUUGGCCGAACGGAGUUUCUAUAGUUCCUUUCUUAGACCGGAGAUCCAGCUACUCCAAACCGAUUCGGAAACAAUCACGAAUGAACCGAAUCGAACCCACUGUGGAUAAUCAAAUAACUACUUCCUCGGGAUUCCACAAAGCAGCCCCUCCUCAACCACCAAGAACCACACCAACUGCAAAUCGGCAGCAACAAACAGGCUCGCGUCCUCCAAUGCCCGUGCCACUCAGAAUUCAGUCCUCUCUGGUAUGAAUUGUGCACUUUGCUAUUACCAAAAUGUUGGUGGCAUGAACACUUCUCUUGUCGACUCGCCUGCUCAGAUGGAGCAUACAAUUUAUAUGCUUUUACUGAAACCUGGCUCAACUGUCACACACUCUCCUCACAAAUUUUUGGAAAUGAGUAUAACGUUUCCGUUCAGACCGUUCAAACCUGACGAGCACCAAAACUACCGGCGGAGGCUGUUCGAGAAGACUACAAAUGCCGAUUAUCGCUGUCGAACAGCUUUGGGUGGAACUUUUCGUUCCUUGGUUUACACUGUUUAUCUGUGUCGUUUACAAGAAGAAGUAUGAUUUGUGGAGAAAAGGAUUUCGAGAUAUUUAUGUUAACGUUCGGUGAGCAAAACAAACAGAUCCAGUGUGCGGUUACCUGAACUGCGAAUGAAAUUGCGCUGCUGGAAAAGGUGUGCAUUUCUAGGGUAGCACUUGCGUAAAAAAUUAGCUGAAGAAGAUCUAGAAUGUCAUGACUGUAUAUGCCUUCACCCCACUUGAAUCCAAAAUGUCGUAAAUGGUGCUCAAUUGAAUUAUACUCGCCUAGAGUGGCUGAUACUAAACAACAGAACCGGAACGGCUGUACUGGCUGCUGAGUUGGACGAGUUAGGAGCUACCAUGGUUCCGUGGUGAGAAGUUGAUCGUGGUGACGAUCGACGGUCGUUUGAUGCGUGUACUUCAGUGUUUGCGCAGCAGUGACCAGAUGCUUCGGUAACCUUGGCGUACACCAGGUAGCGAGGAGAUGUAAUUGCCUGGAGAGCAUGUCUGGGAGACACCGCAUCCACUAUAAACCACAGGACCAGAAAGAACAAGAAUUGGUUGAAAGUUCGAGCGGAGUGAGAAAGGUACGAGCGAUCAGAAAAUUCAUACUUGGCUGGUGAAGAAGUUUGGAAGAGUCUGCAUCCACUAUAAGCGUCAAAGGUGAGCUCAGGCUGCAAUAAUCAUGAAUGUGUCGAGGUGAAUGAAAGCUUCCAUGUUGCUACAGGCGGCGCGUCCUAAUGAUGCAGACCCAGAGAUGAUGUUGUUCCCAAAGGUGAAUUUGAGUGGUCAACGAAAAUCAACGCCGCGUACUAUAACACCGAGGUUCUGGAGAAUGUUGUGGCCCGGCACAUCGAGACCUCUACGGAAACGAUCAUCACGUCUUUCAACAGGAGGGCGCACUUCCACGCGCUUUGUCGGGAGAAUAUCGUGGGAUAUCGUCCAAGCGUUUUGUCGGGAGAAUUUGACUAAUUUUCUCGAUAAGACUUUCUCCCAGCUCCGCCUCCUCCCGGACCUUAAUCCCGGUGACUUUUUUGUAUAGUCGUUCAUGCUGGCCAAGCAGGGCGAACAUAAAGUGAGCACAAUGGACCAAUUUAAAAAGCUCAUUUCCAAGAUCUGGAACGAGAUGCCGAUGGACCAGGGCCGAGCCGCGUACGAUUCUUUUAAGGAACGUCUCAAGCUCGUCAUACAGCACAAAGGGGGAACUAAGUUCACCCUUUGCGAUCCUUUCGCUGAACUUCAGCUUUGAUGUAGCCAAGUGGAAUAAAGGCGUUUCGAAGGCGUUGAUACGAGAAAGAAAGGUCGGAAUGCAUUUAACUCUAUCGACAAUCGGCCUUGAGUUACACUUCCAAAUAAUGAAGGGAUACUUGGGUAGUGCGUAGAGUGCAACCACAAACAUGUACUAUAACGCUUUGCGAAGUAUCAGCUCGAUUGCUAUCUUCAGAGCGUGUACUCUUGCAAUUUGGAUUUUUACUAACGAGUGAUGAGCUCCUUUCUGUAACAUGAGCCAUCAGGAAAACCUUCCAUGAUAAGGACGUCAGGACGUGAAAAAACAUUGUUUUAUCUGCCAUCAACCUGAAGAAAGCAUGAAGCACGUGAUACAAUUGCUUUAACGCAGUUUACAUCAAGCGCCACUACAACGUAGGAUGAAUUGUACAUAGACAGGUGGCGCAUUAGUUUGAUUUGCUAGAAGACGCUGUACCAAGUAGCAGGUAUCAGCCCUUAUCUGUCCUGAAGCUGUCGAGCUGCAUUGAGAUCGCACUGUUCCCAACGAUCUCUCGGAUGCGCUACGACUGAUGUGUAUUUUGUUUGUUAAAAUUCACGAACUGAACAAGUGCUCAUUACUCCUGUAUAUAUGACGUAGCUCUGGAAGAAGAGUUUUCGGAAGCACCAUAUCGAAGAAAGAUCUAAAACGUAUAUCUGUACAUCGGUACUUUGAUGGAUCUCUGUAAUUGCAUAUUUUCAUAUUAAAAUGUCGCACUUGUAUAUAUGGUGUGGUAAUGCAAUAAAACCCCGUUUAUAGAAACAUAUUUGAGUGACAAUUAUUAAAAUAUCGAAAACAUUCUGUUCAUCGAACCAAUGUUAUUUAUUUUUAGAGAGCAACAUUUUGGCAAACAUCCAUGGUUUUCUAUUCUAGCAAUGUACAGUGAUCAAAAUAAUUAUUUUUUCAAUCAUAAAAACAAAAUGAACCAAUAUACUUAAUUGUAGUGUUGUAUAAUUUUUUGUUUUAUCUACCGACGUAAAAAACGAAUGAUUUAUACAAAUGUAAUGUGAUAUGAUUAUGAAGGCACAAUUCUACUUUGAGAAAAAAACACAAAUUCCUCAAUUCCUUGAGUAAUGAAUUCAGAAAUCACCAUAAGUAGCCAACAAGUACGUUGUAAACUGCUACAAAUAAGCUAUGAAAUAAAAUGUUGCAUAAAAAAUGUGGUUCAGUCAAAAAUGGAACCAAGCUUUUUGAACGAAGCAGAAGGGUUUGAAAAUUUACUCACACUCACAUAUUCCCAAUUAUAUAGAAAGCGGAACAAAUCAAAUAUUACAAAACGGACAUAUUAAUAAUAUUUCACUAACAUAUUGAACUUUUUUAUUAUAAUUUAUUUUCUCGUCUCACGAAAUCGUAACAAUAUAUAAAGCAAAGUCUCAAAAUAAACAAAAUGCCACAGCAAUCAGUUUUAGGAAGAAGGAUAUAGUUCUGCUGAACUAUUUCAACACCUUAUAAAUAAAUACAAAAACAGAACAAAGUAUGCUUGUUGAAGAAUGUUAAAAAGCUAGUAUCAUUAAUUCUAUAAUGCAAAGAUUAUAUGAAUUGAGACUAAUUUAGCGGAAAAUUCAUUAGAGACGUAUUAAAAUGCGGAAAUUUCAAGAUCUAUCAAAUUUUACA